CCGUGGACAGCUGUCACUUCCCAGCGAUGCGUGCUUCGGUGCUGACCAUCGUCUGCCUGCUGGCGCUGGCCGGCGUCUGCUCGGCCUCCCACCCGCCCACAAAACCUGGGAAAUGCAUCUCUCGAGCGUUCAUCGCGCUGGCUUGCGAGCCUCACGAGAUCAAGAAGCUCUGCAGAACUGACUUUGACUGCAAGGGGGACCACAAGUGCUGUCGUGUGCAGCGUUGCGUCACCGCCUGUGAACGGCCAGCUGGCCCCAACCCGGGCCGGUGCCCGCCGCCUUCCGCCGUGCCGAACACAGGCAGCAAUAUCCACUACUGCACCGUCGACACCGACUGCGGGCUUGUCCGAAAGUGCUGCCUUAACAUCCGAGGAGUGAGACGCUGCGCGCCGCCGCGCUCAGCUGGCCUGAAAGGAUGCCCACCCAACAAGGGCAUCAUCACGACGUGCGAAUACAUAGAAGGAAUUCACUGCACCACACAAAAGGACUGCGCCAAGGGGGAGAUCUGCUGUCCGUACGGCUGUGGAUCGAGGUGCUUCCCCUCCUACAAGGGAUGAAGAACAGUACUGCAUGAGCAGUUCGCCUCCGGUGUCUUGCGUUGAUUUUCAGGGCUUUAACAUGCGUUGCCACGUAUUCUUAACGUGAAUGCCUUUCUGUGUUCAACGUCAACUUAUCCCGCAACUUCAACUUCUCUCGUGGUUUCCGUGAUAUGCCACCUGGGUUCCCAUACACCUGGAGCAUCUGGCUUCACGCGUUUGAAACGCAUCUCUCGAAACUGGGUUUGGUACCGACUCCAAUCAAUGCAACUUAAAACAACUUUUGAUAUCUGAAUGCUUGUCUUUUUCUGAU